AUGUCCUCUACUGAUUCUCAUAUGAAGCAUCAUGACCAUGGGUCAGAAGAGUGCAAGAAGGUAUGUGGCGACAGCGCUGAGAAGUGCCACAAAUCGGGUGCUGAGUGUCAACAUGAGAAACAUGCAGGAUGUACUCCAGCCUGCCACCCUGGCGACCACAAAGACUGCGCGGAUAAGUCGUGUUGCAAACUAACUAGUAGUAUGCCCGAAACUCAUCCACAUCACGGUGACGGUUCAGAAGAAUGUAAGCAAAAAUGUGGUAAGGACUGCAAGCCAACUUGCCAUCAGAUACAAUGUUGCCCCGGAGAGAACAAAUCUGGAAUUUCAGCCCAUCAGACGUGCCCAGAAACCUGUCACAAGGGUAAAUGUGAAGGUAGCGAAAGCAAAGGUUGCUGUAAAGAUGGUGGAAAGUAA